AUGUCCCAGGAAGCUGUUUCCGGCGCUGCUGCCGAUGAGCGGCAGCCGUUGUUGACACACGUCUACGACGAGGAAACUGCGGACCCCGUCGAAGUUGAGAAGAAGACGAAUUGGUGGACCAUUGGCUGGUAUGCAGUCAUCGCAGCCUUGUGCGCGACAACCCUGGGGCUCUUUAUCAAGGGCUUCAUUGAUGCCGACGAUGUAGAUGUGCGUACGCUCUGUGCUCGUACUACGAGUACUAAGUUAGAAGGGGUAUUUGCGAUACAGUUCGAUCUCGGUAAAGCACUCAAAAGCGCACUGGGUGGUGGCUUGAGUGGUGCCGCAGCCAUGGUACUGCAAGUGCUCACGCUCAUGCCACUGCGCACAGUAAUGAACUAUCAGUACCGCUACGGCACCACGACCACGCAGGCAAUCAAGACGCUUUAUGCAGAUGGUGGCUGGACACGGUACUAUCAGGGGCUUUCUGCCGCGCUCAUCCAGGGCCCCGUCUCUCGAUUCGGCGACACCGCUGCGAACGUGGGCAUCCUCGCCCUCCUGCAGAGCAACUCGUUCAUGAAACGCCUCCCAGCUCUCGCCAAGACUGUCUUCGCUUCAGUUGCUGCGGCGUGCUUCAGGAUGAUCCUCACACCGGUGGACACGGUGAAGACGACGAUGCAGACGGACGGUCGUGCGGGUCUGCAGAUCCUCAGAACGCGGAUCAAGAUAUAUGGUAUUGGCAGUCUGUGGUGGGGGGCACUUGCUACGGCGGCAGCGACAUUUGUUGGGCACUAUCCGUGGUUUGGCACAUAUAACUACCUUGACGAGACUCUACCGGAGCCAUUGACUAUUUUCCAGAAGCUGCUCCGCCAGGCAUUUAUCGGGUUCUGCGCUUCCGUCAUAUCCGAUACUGUCUCCAACUCCCUCCGUGUGGUCAAGACAUACCGCCAAGUACAUGAACGCCAGGUAGGAUACAUGGAGGCCGCGCGAGCAGUGAUUGCCUCAGACGGCUUGCGUGGACUGUUCGGUCGCGGAUUAAAGACGCGCAUCAUAGCUAAUGGUCUGCAAGGGUUGAUGUUCUCUAUACUUUGGAAGCUUUUCCUAGACUUGUGGAACGACAAGACAAAGUAG